AUGUCGAAGGUUGUAAGAAAUGUCAAGAACAUCACGAAGGGGUAUAGUAGUGUGCAGGUGAAGGUGCGAAAUGCUACCUCCAACGACCCAUGGGGCCCGACAGGCACAGACAUGGCUGAAAUUGCGGCCCUCACCUUCAACAACCCGAGCGACUUCUACGAGAUUAUGGACAUGCUCGACAAGCGGCUGAACGACAAGGGCAAAAACUGGCGACACGUGUUGAAGUCUCUGAAGGUUCUCGACUAUGCUUUGCAUGAAGGCUCAGAGUUGGUCGUUACCUGGGCGAGAAAGAACAUCUACAUCAUCAAGACACUUAGGGAGUUUCAAUAUGUUGAUGAGGAUGGGAGAGACGUCGGACAGAACGUCCGGACAUCUGCCAAAGAGUUGACUUCCCUCAUACUCGAUGAAGAACGCCUCCGCAGUGAGCGCUCCGAUCGGAAGUUGUGGAAGACUCGUGUCACGGGCAUUGACGAGUAUGCGCCUCAAGCCAUUUCCGGUCCAUCUCAUCCACCACGCAGAAAUACACAUCACAACAGGGAUGGACUUGCCGAUGAAGAGCAGCGCCAAAUCAAUGAAGCACUCGAAGAAAGCAAACGGGAGGCUGAGCGAGAGGCGCGCAAGCAUCGACAGGUGCAUGAUAAUGAUGAUCAGGACCCGGAGCUCAGGAAAGCCAUCCAACUCAGCCAAGAAGAAGCCGAUUUGCGUAGACGGCAGCUUGAGGAGCAGAACGCAGCUUCGCUUUUUGAUGAUACUCCAGAGCCAGCUCCAGCACAGAGCCAGCCGACGGGAUAUAACCAGGGCUACCAACAACAGCCCGCCGUUGACUGGUUCGGUAACCCACUUCAACAACAGCCUCAAAGCACCGGAUUCUUAAACAACCAGUAUGCACAGCCGCAACAGACUGGGUACCAGAAUGGCUUCAGCAACGGGUUCCAGCCAGCUCAACCCACUGGGUUUGACCAAUUCGGCCAGCAACCGUUCCUUCAGCAGCAGAACACGAUUCAGCCUCAGCAGACAGCUUUCCAGGUUACCAAUUCCUAUGGAGGGCAGCCAUCCCAGGACCUCUUCGGGGUUCAGUCGCCUCAGCAGACUGCACUCCAACCCGGAACAAACAAUCCAUGGGCCACGCAGACACAGGCAGCUGAUGCGCUGAAGCCAUUACCCACUGGCUCGAACAAUCCUUUUGCGCAAAAGACGCAGCAACCAUCCCCCUCGCCUUUCGCUCGGUCAAGCACCCAGCCUUCACUAGGAAUCUUGUACGAGUCGCAACCAACCGGUCAGUUCACCCAACCUUCAAUACAGAAUCCGAUCACAAAUUACUCUGCGCCGCAAUCCCCAUUCCAGCAGCAACAGAAGCCAGCAAACCCACAACAUGCAAAACUUAAUGCUUUGCUGGCUUCGGGUGAGGGUCAAGACACGUUUGGAAACACCGGUGACCUGCGUAUUCCAGCUCAACAUACUGCACCUGGGACGUUCGUUAAUUCGGCUGGGCAAGGCCUCGAUCGUCUACGCGUAGCACAGACUGGCACGAAUCCGUUUUUUUCGUCACAGGCCACCGGAUUUGCACAGGCGCCCGCUCAGACCGGCCCCGCGGGUAAUUUCGGCGGCGCUUACGGACAACAGCAGAACAACAAUCCGUUUGGUGGCCGGCCAGUCGGCCAGCAAAGUGGAAGCUUGAUUGACCUGUAG